AUGGCUAUUAAGAGAUUAAUUAACGAGCAUGAUAUGGAGUUAUGGAAUAACUCCAAGACGUUUGAAGACGUGAUUGGAUUUAUUAAUACCUUGGCAUUGAGUGUACGGGGCAGAGAGAACAAUGAUUACACUCAACCAAUUAGUGAUAACGUCCAAAGAGUCUCUAACUUGUUAUCAAAAGUAACAGAAAUCAUUGGGAAGCAUGAGGUUAUCAAAGAUGCUAAUACCUCGAGAUUCGGUAAGAUCGAAUUUAGGGAUUUUUAUGAUGACAUUUCGGAGCACUCUAAUGAGCUAAUAUCAAAGAUAUUUGAAGGCAUUGAAAAACCUGACACAGGGAAGUUGGAUGACAUUUGUACGUAUUUCAUUAACUCUUGGGGGGAUAGGUCAAGGAUUGAUUAUGGUUCCGGUCAUGAAUUGAACUUCAUAUGUUUCUUGUACUGCUUGACAGAAUCAAAGGUAUUUGAUCUGGAGAACGACAGCUCGAAUAUUGUAUUGAUGCUUUUCAUUAAAUAUUUGGGGAUAAUGAGAUCACUUGAGCUCAAAUACUGGUUGGAGCCUGCUGGUUCUCAUGGUGUUUGGGGUCUAGAUGACUAUCACUUUUUACCUUUUCUUUUCGGUGCAUUCCAACUAUCCACUCAUAAGCAUUUGAAACCAAAAUCAAUUCACAAUCCAGAAGUCGUAGAAAUGUUCCAAGACAGGUAUCUAUAUUUCGGCUGCAUUGCAUUCAUUAAUAAAGUUAAAACCACAGCUAGUUUGAGAUGGCAUUCACCUAUGUUGGAUGAUAUAAGCGGGGUGAAACGGUGGUCAAAAGUUGCUGAAGGCAUGGUAAAAAUGUAUAAGGCAGAGGUUCUACAAAAAUUACCAAUCAUGCAGCAUUUCUAUUUCGGAUAUUUCUUGAAAUGUCCCGAGGGCGUUAGUGAACCAUCAGCACGCGCACAAGAUCAUCAUGAAGAUGAUUCAUGCUGUACUGAUGGAUCGCAUGGUCAUAGUACUUGGGCGGAUUGUUGCGGUAUUGCAGUCCCUAGUGCGAUUGCGGCAUCUCAAAUGGCUAAUAAAGACGUAAGACUAUUUCCUUUUGAUUGA